UUUAUUUUUUAUUUUUGGGUUUUUUAGCCACAGCUAUACGAAUCAAUUUACAAAUCUUUCGGGAGGCAGAGGCGCAGCAGGCCCCAAUCGUGCCCUAUUGCCCGACCUCUCUUCCCAAGGCCGUAGGACAAAAACCCUCCAUUCAAAGACCCCACGAAUCAACAAUGCCAGCUUCUCCCUCUGACGCUCGCACCAAAUGGAGAAAGAGGAAGCGAGACCCCCAUGUCUCCCGCCGUCAGAAGCAUGAGGAGGACGAGGAAGAUGAUGACGACGUCGACGACGAAUUGGACGCCGACGCGGAUGACGACAACGAGCAACAGCCUCAGCAUGGUCCGCAGUCCGGCGCCGUACCCGAUCCUGCCCCCUUGAUGAGGGAGGUGCUUUCCGAUGGCGCCGUUCGAAUUUCCGACUUCCCUAGCGUGGUGAAGCACACCGUGAAUCGUCCGCACUCGUCCGUGCUAGCCAUUGUUGGGACGGAGCGGGCGAUUCAGUUUGGGGACACUAGGAAUCAGCAAAGCCCCAUGUUUUUGGAGAAUAUAUCGCAUGGGCAGCUCCAGGCGUUGUCCGCCGUGCCGGCGGAUAGUCCGUCUUUGGCGACGUCGGAUCAGGAGAGAUCGGAUGGAGGUGGUUACGUGGUGGCGCCACCGCAGAUUAUGGAGGGGCGUGGUGUGAUUAAGCGGUUUUGGAAUGGUCGGGUUCAUGCUGUUCCAAUGCACUCAGAUUGGUUUUCGCCUAACACAGUGCACAGAUUGGAGAGACAAGUGGUUCCGCAUUUUUUCUCUGGAAAGUCUCCAGACCAUACGGCAGAGCUAUACAUGGAAUGUAGGAACUUGAUUGUUGCCAAGUACAUGGAAGAUCCAGAGAAAAGAUUAUCGGUUUCUGACUGUAAGGGCCUUGUGGCUGGCAUUCAGGAGGAAGACUUGACCCGAAUUGUUCGUUUCCUGGAUCACUGGGGAAUCAUUAAUUACUGUGCUUCUUCUGUGCCAAAUCGUGAGCCUUGGAGUAGCACAUCCUACCUAAGGGAGGAUUCGAAUGGUGAGGUUCAUGUGCCAUCGGCUGCUUUGAAGUCCAUUGAUAGUUUGAUCAAAUUCGACAAGCCCAAAUGUAGGCUGAAGGCGGCUGAGGUGUACUCAUCCUUGUCAUGUAAUGGUGAUGAGGACUCCGACUUGGACUGCAAAAUUCGAGAGAGGUUAUCUGAUAAUCGUUGCAAUUAUUGCUCUCGACCUCUUCCAAUUGGGUAUUAUCAAUCACAGAAGGAGGUCGAUGUAAUGCUAUGCACAGAUUGCUUCUAUGAAGGGAGGUUUGUAACUGGUCAUUCAAGUAUAGAUUUUAUACGGUUGGAUUCCACAAAAGAUUAUGGUGACAUUGAUAGCGAAAGUUGGAGUGAUCAGGAGACUUUACUCCUGCUUGAAGCAAUGGAAUCUUAUAAUGAGAACUGGAAUGACAUUGCAGAGCAUGUUGGUACCAAGUCAAAAGCACAAUGCAUCCUUCAUUUUAUUCGUAUGCCCAUGGAGGAUGGCCUACUUGAGAAUAUUGAAGUUCCAAGCAUGCCAACUUUAUCUAAUUCUUUGAAUAAAGUUGAUCAGGAAAGAUCACAUUCAAAUUCAAAUGGGAAUUUAGCAGGAUCUUGUCUCCCUGGCCUUGAUUCUGAUAGUAGGCUCCCUUUUGCAAAUUCUGGAAAUCCAGUUAUGUCCAUGGUUGCCUUUCUAGCCACCGCUGUUGGACCACGAGUUGCCGCAGCCUGUGCCCAUGCAUCCUUGAUAGCAUUGUCUGAGGAAAACGCUUUAGCUGCUGCUUCUGGAUUCAUCAUACCGCCGGAAGGAUCUGGACAUGGAAAUAGGAUGAAAGAAGGUGGUCCACAUGGAGAGCUGACAAAUUCAAGUCAGCACCAAGAUGGAAACAUAGCAAUACAAGGCUCAUGGGGUCAAAAUGAUGCAGAGGUUGCUUCAUUACCUGUUGAAAAAGUUAGAGCUGCUGCAAAAGCUGGUCUUGCUGCAGCAGCGAUGAAGGCAAAACUGUUUGCUGAUCAUGAAGAAAGGGAAAUUCAGAGGCUUUCUGCCAAUAUUAUUAAUCAUCAGUUGAAGAGAUUAGAGCUGAAGCUGAAGCAAUUUGCAGAAGUGGAAACCUUGUUGAUGAAAGAAUGUGAACAGGUGGAGAGGGCAAGACAAAGGUUUGCGGCUGAGCGAGCCCGCAUUAUAUCGACCCGGUUUGGACCAACCGGAGUCACUUCACCUAUGAAUCUUCCAGGUGUUGCUCCUGCUUUGGUUAGUAACAACACUGGCAACAAUAGGCAACAAAUCAUAUCAGCCUCACCUUCACAGCCAAGCAUUUCUGGGUACGGUAAUAACCAACAAAUGCAUCCACACAUGUCGUUCAUGCCGCGGCAGCCUAUGUUUUCAUUUGGACCACGCCUGCCCCUUGCAGCCAUACAGCCAUCCUCAUCAACUCCUUCUCCAAAUGCCAUGUUUAACAAUUCGGGUAAUUCACAGCCUACUCUCAAUCAUCCAAUGAUGAGGCCUGUAUCAGGGACUAGCUCUGGUUUAGGUUGAGAAUUAGGCAGGCAAAUUCGGGAUUUUGGUUUAAUUCAAUUAGAAGGAAAUAUGACACAGAAUGACAGUGAAAAGUUUUCAUCUGUCAUGCCUCACUUGGUUUUCAUCUGGAGGGAAGCCAUUGGCGCCAGGUAGUUGGACUUCCUCUCAGUCACAGUUUGAGGAUGCAGCUGGACUGGUUGCAUAAAGAACAAAGUAUGUUAAUCAAGGGAGGCUCGAUUUAUUAGCAGGUUCAUUUAAAAUACUUUUAAUUUUAAUUCCCAAUUUUAUUUUUCUUACUGCAGUGGUGGUCUUUAUAAAUUAAGAUGAUGAAGAACUUGAACAGGAUGCUAAAGAUGUUUCAGUCUUUGCUGUACAGAUGAUAUGAAUAUGCAGGGAAUUAGGGCAGUUAAAAUGCUUUA